AUGGGUCCAAGUCAUAAUCCUUUUUGGAAUGAUAUUCUUGCUGGUUGUGUUAGUGGAUUAACGUCUGUUAUUGUUUCACAUCCAUUAGAAACUUUAUCAAUUCAAAGAAAAAUCAAUUCACCUGAAGUGUAUCAAAAUAUAUUUCAUUCUUUUCAAGUCAUUUAUAAACAUCAAGGUUUAAUCGAUGGUUUUUAUCGUGGAAAUUUAAAUUUACCAUUAAUUAGCCCAGCUUUUCUAACAUCUGCACAAUUUGCUUUAUAUGGACAAAUGACAAGACAUUUUGUUAAAGAUGAUAAUAAUAUUAAACAGUAUAUGUUAUGUGGAGCUUUGACUGGUUUUCUAUUAUCAUUUAUUCAAACACCAAUCAGUCUUAUUUUAGGCCAAAUUCAUGGUAAUUUAAAUCGUCGACAUACACAUGUUUUUGAUUUUCAUAUAAAAGAUUGUUGUAAAUAUAUUUAUGAGAAUAAUAAUGGAUUAAUUGGAUUUUAUAAAGGUUUUUCAUCAAAUUUAAUUUGUUCAAUAACAACAUCAAUGUUUUAUUUUGGUGGUUAUGAAUAUAUAAAAAAGCAUCUUUAUCAAAGACAUCAUCGAAAAUUUCAGAAUCAAAAUAAAAAUAAAAAUUUACGUUUAAAUAUUCUUUUAAGUGGAGCAAUAGGUGGACUUUCUGCUUGGGCUAUUUGUCAUCCUUUAGAUGUAAUUAGAUCGGAAAUACAAACAGAUGAUUUAAGACCUGGACAUCGGAAAUAUACUUCUUAUUUUGAUUGUAUUAAACAAAUGUAUGAACAAGAAAAUAGUAUUAAAAUAUUUUAUAAAGGAUUUUUUUCUGGUAUUAUCAAAUCUAUUCCAAUUAAUGCAGCUUGUUUUCUUGCUUAUGAAGAACUCGAUGUCAUACCAAUUUAUCUAUGGACGUAUUUCUCUCAACCAACAGCCCACUGUCAUGCUCCUCAACCUGAUCGUGUGCCUGCUAUUCAAUUAAAAAAUGAAAUUAAAGCUCGUGCCGUAACAACAGAUGAAUCAACCAGCUCCAUUAUUCAUUCUGCUUUGCGUAAAUAUCCGUUGAAUGCUGCUGGUGAACUUCCAAAAAAUGAAGCACUUAUGUUAAUGAUUCGACGACAGCGUACUGUUGAAACAGUCGAUGCCGACGGUUGUUUACCAGAAAAAUUAAGAAAGACGUAUCGCGGUGAAGAUUUCAUCUUGCACGAAGACAAAAAUUUAAUUAUCUUUACAACAAAAACAAAUUUAUCGAUUCUGAAGCAAAAUAAACAUUGGUUCGCUGAUGGAACAUUCAAAGUGUGUCCCGAUGAUUAUUAUCCAUUAUUUACGUUACACGCGAUGAUGACUAAUGCAAUUAUCCCUCUCGUCUAUGGAUUAUUAAUUGGUAAAAGUGCUCAAGAUUACAAUUCAUUCUUCGAAAAAGUAUUAGUACAAGACAAUUUUCAACCUGAAUCAAUUAUGACUGAUUUUGAAACUGGUACAAUCAAAUCCGUUAGAGAAAAUGUUGCCAAACGUUUUACAUAA